AAGAUCAUAUAAGUACAAAAACAAGACUCUGGGUUCCAUGCACAAGAGGUAAAAAAACCAUGUGCAAAGUGCCCUCCUCCUCCUCCUUUCUGAGCGGGAAAGGGUUAAACGGGGGAGGAGAUCGUAUUUCGGGAAAGGAAGUAGAUUUAAUCUGGAGCUGACUGUACCCCCGAUAAGAAUCUCCUAGGGCAGGGCCCACGCUACUACGAGGUAAUCUAUUUUGGAAAUAGCUUUGAUGCUCAAAGCAGGACGAAUAGCUCUAGAAACUAUUGCUCAGGGUGGGGCAGAAAUGGGGGGGGAAAUUGUCUUCUAAAAACUCUGAAUUCUUGGUACGAUGUUAGAAAAUUGGGUUUAUGCUUCCGAAGGCCUAGCACUAAAGGAAAAAUGACGGGGAGGGAUGAGGAAAGAAAAAAAAAACCCCAAAUCUGAAUACCAGCUUUUUCAAGCUAAAAGUUUCCGCUUGACCGAAAUCGCUCCGAAUUUUCCUGGAAAGAACUCGUCCUUUUUAAAAGUCUUUUCGUGUCUCGUUUUAUAUCCUACCGGGUUCUUUUUUUGAAAAAUUGCAGUCGAAGUUCAUGCCAACAGGUGUUCAAUGUGGUAAGAAGAAUACCGGAUGUGACCAAAGGGCAAAAAUUAAAUCAAUGUAAAAACCAGAAAGGAAAACAUAUUCGUCUCGUGGCGAGAUGGGCAGCAGGCGGCAGCCUCCCUCGAGGAACGAAAGAAACGAGGGUCUAAAAAAAAUAAACCCAAGAUGUUGUAAGAUGAGGACUACCUGUGUUAGGGACGGAGAGGGUCCUUAUUUGUAUUUGGUCUUGGUUUUUUCUUCUCCAGAAAAGUCUCGAUAAAAGAAAUCUGGAGAGGAAGAAGACGUUGGAAGGUGCGCGAUUUUAGGGAGACGCAUGGAUAAAGAGAUCUUCCUGGUGAUUUUUUUGCUCUUCUCUGCUGGAUCACAAGUCCUGGAUGGCAUGAAGGAUGCCAAGAAGAUAUUCCGAGAAGUGGAAGGAUCGGCUUUUAGGAGGAAAAAAAGCUUGAGAUCUGUAGGAUCAGAAAAUCAGAGCAACCCUGGACCCUCCUCUUCGAGGCCUCCCGAUAGCGCAGCGAAACCUGUCCCCUGCCCCAAAGGAAGGUUCCACUUCGACAGUGAGAACUGUUCAGUGUGCAAAUCUUGCACAGGCGCUAACACAAUUUUGGUGCAGGAGUGCAGAGACAACCAGGACACGGAGUGCGGCUGCGCGGAAGGCUAUUUCAACCAAGAGAACGUUCCCUCUCUAUUAAACUGCAUGAAAUGCACCAACUGCAGCUCUCAGCGCAGGGAGACGCUGCAGGCCUGUCGCCGAGACGCCGACGCCGAGUGCGGAUCCUGCUUUUCCGGCUUCUGCGAAUCUGGAGAGACCUGCGGGCCAUGUCCGACACCACAGAGCAGAGUUGAAGUGUUCACCUCCAUGAUGGCUCCUGAUAGAAUCAGCCUGACUCCCCGCGGGAUCCCCGAAAACGAGCAGUGCAACAUGGUCUGUAAAAUCGCCGUAGGUGCCUGUGGGUGUAUUUUCAUCCUGGCCGGAGCCCUGGUUCUCUAUUUUAAGAAGAGGAAAAUUACUUCUGUUCCGAAGCCAAUCCCUCCUCCGAAUAUCUACAUUAGCAAACCCCAUUUUGGCAGUCCCGUCUCCUCCCUUCCCGAGACAGUCUUGCUGAUGGACAAAGUGCCCCCACCGUCCCGCUCCCUGCAACAAGGGCGGAAUCUCUACACCGUCAUCAACGCCGUGCCCGUCCGACGGUGGAAAGAGUUUGUGAGGGGCCUGGGGCUGCAGGACGGCGAAAUCGAGCUGGUGGAACUGGAGCACUCUCAGUUCCGCGAGCAGCAGUACGAGAUGUUGAAACGCUGGUGUCAGCAGCGGGGUGCCUCGUUGGAGGCCAUUUUGGACACCCUGGAGGCCAUGCAGUUGGGCGGCUGCGCCCAGGAACUGAGGGAGAAGCUGCAGGUGGAGCAUCUGUGGUGCAACCCCUAAGGGCUGACGGUGACGGGGAGGCUGUCCUCAUAUGGGAAGAUACGUCGCGGUCGAGUGGCGGAAUGAGACAACUCGUGCAGCCAUGACCAUCUCGCCGCAGUCCACUCGCUACAACCAACUCGCCACGAUCAUCUUGCCGCAGCCAACUCACCACGGGACAACUUGGUGCAGAAAACGCACCACAGAACAAGUCGCCGCGGGAAAAUUCUAUGCGGGAUAACUCAACAUGAUAAAUAUUACCCGUCACUGUUUCUUGAACAUUAUUUCCAUUUCUCUGGUAAUGGGCAAAAUAAAAAUUAUGUCGAAGAAACAGUGGAUAACACUUAUUGCGUUGAGUUAUCCUGCGGGGAAUUUUUCCGUGGCGAGUUGUCCUAGACCCACGAGCGUAGUGUUGCUGACGUACAGCUCCUAGCUGGAAAUGUUCAGGACUGAACUCCAAUGGACGGUACCCAGUUGCUUGAACCCUCGGCCUCAUUCACAACUUGCUCGUUCGUCUUCUGUGCAAAAAAUACCCCAUAGUUUCUCCUUGUGAAGGGAAAAUACGAGUGGACAGCGGGCGACGCGCUACCGAUAUCGACCGAGCCAUCAAAAACAUAUUGCCUGCCGGAGGGCAACUCACUACCUUACUGGCAGAGCCAACUAUCUUGUUUUGCCUACCAAAUAGGGUCAACGCUGCCGUUGAGACAGAUCAGUCCGAUAUAACGCUAGCCAACUCGAGGUAUUACUUGAAUUUUAUUACGGCAUUUGUUUUGAACGCCAGAAUGCAAGUAAUUCUCGACGUAGAACCAGUCUAAAUGUGAAUCCGUAGUCCUUGAUCCGCCCUGCGAUAACCCCGCUGGCUCACAUUCGAAAAGCUUAACAACCCUACCUCACAGGGCUGUUGUGACGAGGUUUCGAGGCUCGCUCGCUCUGGAGGGUUCAGGCACUGCAACAGGUGUAGUAGACAUUGUAUGUCACUUUUUAAAUCAACGUUUAAUCUGUCCUCCUGGAGGACAAGGCAACGUUAUUCUGGAGAGCAGUUUUUUCUCACUGUGAAUCACAAAAAAUUUUUUAGAGACAAACACGGUGUGUGUGUAUAUAUUAUAUAUUUGUGUGUGUGUGUCUCUGUGUAUUAACUCCAGCCUUUUUGGAGUGCCUCCUCACGCACUUAAUAAUAAUAAUAAUAAUAAAACUUUAAUACAUUUGCUGGUCCCACCUGUGAAUUCUUUGAUCUGCAAGGUGCCUGGAGUUCCACAAUUAAGAAUGGUGAUAAAUUAAGGUUUUACCAAACCUUUGUAAUGAUUUGUCUUUGUAAUUCUGCACUUGAUAUGGCCCAAAGGGCUGAUCAAUAAAUAAAAUUGAAUUGAUAAAUUAAGGCAGGCUGUUGAAUCGUAGUUAAGCCGGUACUUUGCAUGCAAACAAAUCUUGGUUUAAAGGCUGAUGUUUCCAGGAAGUCAGUUUUACAUACCGGUAGUCUUCGAUUUACGACAAUUGAGCCUGAAAUUUCGGUUGCUAAGCGAGAUGGUUGUGAAGUGAGUUUUGCCCCCGUUUUACGACCUUGCUUGCCACAGUGAAUCCCUGCCGUUGUUCAGUUAGUAACCCAGUUGUUAACCGAAUC